GACUCCAAUGAGAGAAAUUAUUCUCUUUCUGGCAAGGAGACAAAAACUAGGGGCGUCCAUGACAGGGGAGGUUUUGUUAACCAGUCAUAUCUCUUUUCCUCAAUUCCUCUCUCUCUCUCUGUCUAUAUGUAUAUAUUCUCUUUGAGAAAGGAAGGGAGGAGAAAAGAAGUUGCCCGAUAGAGUAGAAAUAAUAAAAGUCAGGGGAGAAGGGAUGGGUUCUUCUCCACCCCUGGGGCUUCUCCUGCGGCCUCCAAAACCAGCGCUUUCUCUCUCAUGCGGUCAUUGUUUUGCCCCUCAAAACCCUAGCUUUCCCUGCUCAUCCCUCGAUCCUUCUUCCUUCUAUGGGGGAUGGCAUGGAGCCAUGAGACCCAUCAAUUCGAGACCUAUGUGGCUUUGUGGAUAUAUGAAAAGAAGCGGGGUUGGAAGUAAUUGGGAGAAUCAACAUAGGAGUAAGUCAGAUUUGCUUGGGUCUGAUGAGGAGAAUGGGGUCCAAGUUCCUACACAAGCACAGUCUGUUGUUGAAGGCUCAAACACAGUUGUUUUAUCAGAGUACAAGCCAAUUCCUGAUAUUGAUUAUCUGCAGGAAUUAUUGGCUAUUCAACAGCAAGGACCUAGAGCCAUUGGUUUCUUUGGGACACGUAAUAUGGGAUUUAUGCAUCAGCAGCUUAUAGAGAUUCUGAGUUAUGCUAUGGUGAUAACGAAAAAUCAUAUUUUUACUUCAGGAGCAUCUGGGACUAAUGCAGCUGUUAUCAGAGGUGCUCUAAGAGCGGAGAAGCCAGAGUUGCUUACUGUAAUCUUGCCCCAAAGCCUGAACAUGCAGCCAUCAGAGAGCCAGGAAUUAUUGUCUAAAGUAAAAAAUCUGAUUGAGAAACCCGAGAAUGAUCAUCUGCCAUUGAUUGAAGCUAGCAGGCUGUGCAACAUGGACAUUCUCUCAAAGGUACAGCAAGUCAUCUGUUUUGCAUUUCAUGACAGCAGAUUGCUCAUGCAGACAUGCCAGGAGGCAAAGAAUCUUCGAAAAAUUGUUACUCUCUUUUACUUGGAUUGAUCGUAUACAUUGAUAAGAGAUUCUAACAUUUGCUUAUAGGCUGGCAGAUGGGGAUCCCUCCCCCCAAUUACUUCAUUUUCCUUUUGACUCCCUUGAUGUUUUGGGGGUAUUAGAUGUAUUUGUCCUGGGGAUAAAGAGGCAUCUCAUUAUUUUCAUUCUUGGAUAGAAGACAUUAGAAGAUGCCAUGGAGUUGUCAAUAUUUUUUGGUGCAUGCAAGGAAUUUAUGUUGCUGUCAAAGGCUAUGGUUUUUGUCGGAAAUAUUUUGGUUAUUUCCAGGCCAUAAUACCAAUGCAACUUGUAAAA